AUGAAGCACACAGAGUCGCUAAAAAGAUAUAAUAAGCUAGGAGAAUGGAAUGAGUACCAAAAUAUACCAUUAAAAGAACACGAAGAAUGGAUUCAAGUCUAUCAAGAUAUUGAGGACUACUUACCAAAAACUACAGUCAAGGUCGAACAUGAAGGCACACUACAUAACCUAGAAGCACUCAACGGGCUACGGACAUCCAAUAACUCAUUCAUCAUUAAUCAUGGAGGCUCGAUAUGGGCCAUGGACUUUGUGCCUAAAAAACGUAGCAGUCGAGACGCAGAGUAUCUUGCGAUAGGAGGAUACAAGACGACAGAGGAACAUUAUGCGCUCGGAGAGGUGUCUUGUUACAAGAAUGCAAUUUGUAUAUGGAAAUAUGAUUCUGGUCAUCAACCUACACUAGAUAUGUGUCUACUGGGCGAUUUUGGGAUCAUUGCAGACCUGAAAUGGUGCCCUCUGAGCAGCUAUGGGCCAAAACUGGGCAUUUUGGCUGUACUCAUAGGUGAUGGAUCUGUCUAUAUUUUAGUAGUGCCUCAUCCAGACCAAAUAAGGAAGCAAACGGGACGCCCCAGUAACGAAACUCUCUAUUUAAAGAUAAGGAAGCCUCGGUUUGUGCUCAAGUCACCUCGAGCUUAUUAUCUCUGCAUGUCUUGGUCGUCACAGUUAUUGGCGUGCGGCAGUAUAUCAGGUUCAAUCGUCAUCUGGGACAUCUUUCGGUCUCUUUGUCAUGAUAUACCCAUCGUCCAUGUUCAGCUGAUGAUGACAGCGCCCAUACGAAGUGUUAGUUGGACAUUUCUCUUUGAUAACCUGUUGCUUUCGGCAGAUACAGUCGGCCGUGUCUACCUACACGAUAUGCGAGACCCGUUCAUGAGCCAGCAGGUGAUGAAGAUAAAAUCUCCCCUUGUGCCUGUCCUAGGAGCAGAACAUCUCACCCAUUCGUUCUUUUAUGGAGAUCCAGAAGGUAAUUGCCGUCUAAACAUGUCGUUCUGCUCAAAGCAAUCGACAGCCCUCUUCUCGUCCGGACAUGGACAGAUUUGGUCAAUAGCCUUUUGUCGGUUCCAUGAGUUCGUUGCCUCUGCAAGCUCUAGUGGCAUCGUCAUGUUUAGAUACUGUACAGAUUCAGCGGGUCAGCCACUAAAACAUAAGGGCAGAGCUGAUGGAAACUUGUUGUACUGCCUUUGUUUUGAUGGUGAUGUCUAUCGCUAUCUGAAUAAGACCAAUGAAAGCCGAGAUUUUCAUCAUGUGCUACUCAAUCCCAACGUUUCUUUACACAAGGUUGUAUGGAACCCCAAUUCAAUGGCAUGUGGUUGGAUUGCCUCCGGAGGUAAAGCAGGUUUAUGCAAGUUAGAAUUUGUACCCAGUGGAAAAAAGCCCUAA